AUGGUAAAGUCACGAAAAGAAGCAGAAAGCCAAGUCCGUUCCUGGGGAUUCGGUCACGUAUUUACGUGGACUGAUAGCCCCAACGCGCACUACUCGCCACACAAGCACAGCGGCAAGACCACACACCUCGUCCUCAAUGGCUCCAUAACAUAUACAUAUCCCGACGAUCCUGAUGCGAAAAAGGAAACAAUAGGCCCUGGCGCAAGAUGGGACGUAGAUGCGAACAAGGUACACGAAGUAUGGGUGGGAGACGAGGGAUGUACAUAUGUCAUUGGAGAAUGA